AUGUUUGCCGCGAGGACGAUAUGCACAACCUGCCGAUCGAGGCUCCUCGCCGAGACGGUAGCAAAGGGCGCCUCCGUCCGCCACCAGUCGACGGUUCCUGCAGCUUCAACGUUCCGUAACUUGACAGAAACCACCCGAUCAAACCACGAUGCGACAGUACGACACAAGCCCGUUCCGACACAUAAACCAAGCUCUGCCACAUCCGAACGCAUACCCCGAGGCUCAAAUGAUGGCAAUGCAAAGAGGCGAGCCCUCGACCUGUUCGAGAGCACGAUCAACAGCGCCCGACGAUCCGAGUCCCAGGCAGAAGCAGACACGCAGAAGCUUCACCAGAUAGCUCGGAACAUCGACGCCAUCCUGCACAACGCGAGGGAGAAUCCGGAAGAACCCUAUGCUGCAGCGUUGUACGCAUGUGUCGUUGACGAUAUUCUUCCCCUUCUGCGCCAAUCCGAUAGCGGCCUAUUGCCGCAGUUUGCCUACAGCAAGGCGACCGAGGCGUUACGGGCGGUUCUCGAAGCCAAGGUCAACGCAUGCGAUGACCCGACCCUGCCCAGGGCCUCAGAACUUUGUGGCACGUUGGCAGAGAUUGGAAUGAAGACACCGGGCCGCCUCGAUCCCUUCCUCGGGCUUUUGAACUGGCUCAUCGCCAAAACACCAGCUGAGGCCAACGCGGCUGGCAGCCCUUCGGUUGAUGCUCAUUUCGACCAGCACCUUUUAGAAGACUUGCUAGGGUGCUGGAAGGGACUGUCUCUUUCGAGGCAUGCCUACAAGGCUCGCGGCCUUGACACACGACGCCCAACACCACGAAAUCCACGAAACAUAAGCGACCCGCUCUACAACUGCCACGUCGAGUUCCCGUUGCUCGUCUCUCUAGAUCCCAAGAAGCUGGUCGUGGUCCUCGCCACCACAUUCGUCCUACUGUCGGACCCCAGGGCGCAACCCGCCGCGUCUACAGAGGCCCUUGAGGCAGUGAAGAAGGAAUUGAAAGUUUUUGUCCAGCCUUUCGACGCAGUCCGGCUCGAGUCGCAUUUCACGGCACACCCGGCGUUAUGGGAAUACGUCGCACCACGCAUUGACUGGGCGCCAUUGCAAGCGCGCAUUCAGAGCAAGCCAAAGCAGCCGAUCGAGUUUCACUCGCCGACCAAGACGGCACAUGCCAACGUCAAGGUGCCAACCAAACGCAUCUCGUAUUCAGCCUGGCACAAGCGCUUGAGUACACUUUUCAAACUCAACGAUGCCAACGGAUUGCGAGAGGCCUGGGAGGAACUCACAAAUCCUGUCAACGAUACUGACAGGGCCGACAAGCUGAGGCAGUGCCCCGAGUUGUUCGACUACGUGCUCAACCAGUGCUGCAGCAAGCACGGUUCUGGCGGAGACAAGUUCUGGGAGUCAUUUACGAACCAGACAAUGGAGUACAUGGACACCAUUGGUUUAGUGCCGACCAUCAGGACAUAUACCUCCAUGAUGGAAGGCUGGAAGAUUGCCAAGAGGCUUCGAUCAGUCCAACUAUUGUGGAACCAGGUCGUUGAGUCUGGCAUGGAGCUCGAUCACCACAUUUGGUCGAGCAGGAUCUCUGCUAACGGCGCUUUGGGCAAUCCCAACGCUGGCAUGAAGGUGUUGACAGAGAUGCAAGCUAUUUGGGAGGAGUCGGUGGCCAACGGUACUCAACACAAGGCUGUGAAGCCAGACAUUAGCAGCGUCAAUGCUGCCAUCUCAGGUUUCCUUCGAAAUGACCGUAUGAGCUCUGUCCAGGACGUCCUCGCGUGGGCCAACACUCAGAGGAUUGAGCCUGACAUAUUCACCUACAACAAGCUUCUCGGCUACAUGCUCAAGAAGGGUCGCAUGGAGGAGGCUGACAACAUCCUCUCGAGCAUGAAGACCUCGGGCAUCAACCCGGACAGUGCCACCUUUACGAUUAUUCUCGAGACGGCGCUCGCCGAGAUGUCUAUGCAGGACCCCGAUGUCCAGCGCGUCACUGUUCGACGCGUCUUCGCCGAGAUGGCCACUUGCGGUCUCGAACCGAACCAGCAGACAUACGCCAAGAUGCUACACCUUCUUGUCCGUUCUGGCGACGGCGCCAAGGUCCCCAUCGAAGCCGUUCUGUCGCAUCUCCGUGCCUCGGGCCUGCAGCCAUCGCCGCAAAUCUGUACCAUCCUCUUCGAGUACUACUUCUCCCGCCGGCCCCGCGACUGGGACGCCAUCCGCGCCCUCAUCACAGACCGCCGCUCGCGCACGCGCGUGCUGACGGACCGCAUCUUCUGGGAGACGGUCAUGCGCCACUUCCACACCGCCGGCGAGGUUCGCGCCGCCCUCGAAAUCUUCUACGACAUGGACGACUGGGGCAUCUGGCCCUCGCUGUCGGUCCUCGAGCCCAUCCUGCGCUCGCUGACGGCGGCGCGCGAGUGGGAGGAGGCCCAGAAGCUCGUGACCACGGUCAGGAAGCAAGCGCGGCCGCUCUCUGCGGACCCAGAUGGGCGCUAUCAUAAGCAGGCCUUUUGGUUUGUGGCUCGGGACUGCGGCUUGAUGCAGGAGGAGGCGUGA